AUGGAGUGGGUGCAAAUGAAUGGAAGUGUUUCUGAUUUGUUGAAUAAAAGUGAUUUAUUUGAAGUGUAUAAAGCGAAAGAAACUCAGCAGGUCGUGAUUUACAAAGUAGUGGCUUACAUAUUUGGGACUAUUAUCUUUCUUAGCAACCUAACUGUUGUUAUUUCAAGUGGACUUAUUUUAAGAAAAGGCCAACAAUCCAAGAGCACCUACUUACUGCUCGGUAACAUGUCCCUUGCAGAUACUAUCAUUGGCAUAUCCAUUAUUUUUGGAGCUAUAUUAGAAAACCCUAUGAGCUCUAAUCCAAUGUGUAUAUUUCAAACAGGAAUGCUCGUGUGCCCAGCCAUGGUAUCAAUAUUCAGCGUGGGUCUGAUAGCCGUCGACCGCUAUAUUUACAUAUUACACGGACUUUAUUACCAAAGGUGGUUUAAUACAACUAAAGUCCGAAUUGGUAUACUCUGCACUUGGCUGAUCUGUAUUAUUCUAGGAUUUUUUCCUGCGGUUGGCUGGGUGAAUAAUGAACUGAGGCAUUCACGUUGUUACUAUGUCUCUUUAUUUCCGGGAGCUUUAGUAUUACUCAAUUCUCUUCUUAGUAUAGUUCCUAUUAUUCUUGUUGCUGUACUUUACAGUAUUAUCUUAGUGAAAGCUCUAAAAAAUGUGAAAGAAAUUAAAGCGUCAGUCAAAAUUGUGAACACAACCAACAAUAAACCCGAACUACGAAUUUAUAGGGGAAAUGGCCACAACAAAAACAAUACACAGUCAGUUAAGGUCGGUAUUCUUCAAAAUACAGGAUUAAAAAGAAGCGCUUCAUUUAGUGGGAAUUGCAGAAAGGAUUUAGAAAAUUUGAAUUCUAAUAAUAAUCUAAGCCAUAAAUUUAAAAGCAAUGAUAAUCUUGACAUCAUAAUAACUGAUCAGGACAAUUGUGUAACAUUCCCAACCGACCAAAACAAUGUACCCAAUCAAUAUACUUAUGAAUCUAAUAUUAGUAUUUACUCUAUUAAUUCAAGUGUACCUGAACAAAGUGAUGCUGAAAACAAAAAGGAUUUACACAAAUUGAAUAUAGAAAAUGGAAAAAGAAAGACACUGAAGAAAGGUCCAAACAAAUGGCGAGCAAUAAUAAUAGUGAUGUUAACAUCAGGCAGUUUUAUAUUUACAUGGAUGCCAUUUUUCAUAACUGUAAUAUUUUAUGUAUUUUGUCAAGAGAAACUUACAAAUCCAAAAUGUAUACGGUUUCGUAUGAUGCUUGGUGGACCUAUAGCUACCUUAGCAUUUCUUAAUAGUAUUCUUAAUCCAUUGAUUUAUGCGUGGUGGCAUAAAGGAUUUCAAAGGUCUAUCAGAAUGUAUUUUAGAAAAUAUAUCUAUAGACUUUUUCAAAAAGAUGUGUUAAGA